CAAGCUAAUUUAUUUCUUGCGUGAGGAACUUAUAUAAUUUUUAGCAAUAUUUGAAUGACUAUCACUACCGCCUCCGCGCGAGUCAAUCCCUUCAGUCAACAAACCUAUCAGUCACUACAACCUCUUGCUGUGCAUCAAUAAUAAACAAARAAAACAGAAGCAGAGAGGAUAAUUAUGUUGCCAGAAAAUGACUCGCAAAACCUUCAUGGAAAACAAAGAGAAACCAGUAGAAUUUUCUAUAUAGGAGUGAAAUGUUUUGACGUAUCAGUUUAUUCGAUUCGUGGUCACUCCUCGUCGCCUGGAUUGUCAGUGUUUUCGGUUUUUUUGAAAAGUGGCUUGAAGACAUUUAAAACCACAGAAUCCAAGAAAAUGGCCUUCAAGCUCACAGAAGCGCAAAUAAAUGAAUAUACGAAGGCGUUCAAUGAUUUUGACCAAGAUGGUGACGGUCAUCUAAGCUGCGAGGAGCUUGGGGUGAUUAUGAGAUCUAUUGGCCACAACCCUUCACCGAAAGAACUGCAAGAAAUGAUGACUGUUGCUGAUAGAGAUGCCAGUGGCACCAUAGACCUUCUAGAGUUUCUGGAAAUUAUGGCAAAAAAGUCCGAGGAAGAUUCUUCUGAACAAGACCUGAAAGAAGCAUUCAGUCUCUUCGAUAAAAAUGGCAACGGUGUGAUAAGCGCUGAUGAGCUGAAGUUUGUGCUGUCGGGUAUGGGAUGCGAACUUAGUGACGAUGCAGCAGAGGAGAUGAUAAAACAAGCAGAUAUCGAUGGUGAUGGCGGAAUCAACUUUGAAGAGUUCUUGAGACUACUGAAGGACCGUAAUGAGCAAAGCUAACUUAACUUAUAUUUAUCGUUAUCGUCAAAGACAUUUUCUUAGCAUGGGGAUGUAGUAUCCAAAUAUAAAUUCAUAAUUUUUUUAAGACAAGAAAACUAUAUGAAAAUAACAUAUAACAUUAGAUUAAAAUGCCUUUAUUGGAUAAAUGCAAGGAUAAUAAUGGAGAUUACGAUAUACACAAGAUUAUAUAUUUGAUGGAAAUGAUCGCACAUAGAGGGAAGCUUGUGCGAGUUGGAAAGUAAAUUACGUCACGUUACAUAUACCAUAACACUGAUAUGGCUUUCCAAUGGAAUCUGAUUUCACGUUAGCCAAUCACGGUGCACAUCGACCCAUCACUUUCGCUACUCACAAAAAAUCUCUCUAAAUGAGAUUAAAAGUAUUAACACAGUUUUAUUUUCUACUUCCUUGGGAAUAAAGAAUAAAGAUUUUUACUGUUCAUAUAGAGCGAGAUAAAUCUCGUUUUAUUCCAAUUAUUUCAAAAACGGCGUCCCGAUCAUGCAUGCGUAGGAAGUACAAAACCAAACUUUUCUAAUAUUAAUAAAUCUAUAACAAUACGAA